AUGAUGCUGGACGAGAAGUACGUCUGCGACCCUGUUGGCAUUCCGAUCGCCAUCCAGAUCAGACGCCGAUUCGUAUCAGUUUCGUUGUCACGAAAAAGGUACGCGAUUCCUGACUGUCGUUGUCGCCCUGGCACCGCCCUCGAUUGCGUUUACGAAAUACCGAGGCUAACCCUCGAAUACAGGGUCUCUUGCAAGCAGAAGAACGCCAUGGCUUCGAAGGCGACGGUUACGUUUACCUGA